AUUAAUAAAAAACGGCGGCUUUUUCAAAACCCUUCGCCGUUUGUUCUUCAUCUCCUCGCCGCCGCCAACUCUCUUUUUCUCUCAAAAUUGCUCAAUAUCUCAGCCACAGACAAGGAUGGUGACUAAAGCAGAAAAGCAAUUCGCCAAGAAUUUCAACAUAGACGAUCUCCCUGACGUCCCUACUGGACUUCCUCCACAUCUCAAAGCCCAGCAAACUGGCGUCGUCUCUAAUAACAACGCUCCUCUUCAUACUGCGAGUGCCAUUUACUCUGGUAGCUAUGUUUCUUCUCUGGGAGUGGACGACAGUGUGAAACUAGGAAACUUCUAUGAGAAUUUCAAAGUUGAUGUGAUUAGUCUCACAAAGACUGAUAUGGAAUUCGAUAUGAUUGGUAUCGAUGCAGCGUUUGCCAAUGCAUUCCGAAGGAUCCUUAUAGCUGAGCUUCCUUCAAUGGCUAUUGAAAAAGUUUUAAUAGCAUACAACACAUCGGUUAUUAUAGAUGAGGUUCUUGCUCACAGGAUGGGUCUUAUUCCAAUUGCCGCAGAUCCAAGGCUAUUUGAAUAUUUAUCCGAAAAUGAUCAGGCGAAUGAAAAGAACACCAUUGUUUUCAAACUCCAUGUGAAAUGUCCGAAAAAUAGACCACGUCUUAAAGUUUUAACGAGCGAUUUAAAAUGGUUACCAAAUGGAAGUGAGUUUCUUAGAGAAUCGGGAGGUUCAACCUCAAAGCCAAAAACUUACACUUCAUUCAGUUGCAGCCAAGAUUCCUUACCCGAAUUUGCUAAUAAUCCUAUCACUCCGUGCGACCUCGAUAUCUUGAUAGCAAAACUCGCCCCUGGUCAGGAAAUCGAGCUCGAAGCUCAUGCGGUUAAGGGCAUUGGUAAAACACAUGCAAAGUGGUCACCAGUAGGGACUGCUUGGUAUAGAAUGCAUCCUGAGGUGGUUCUACGUGGGGAAGUUGAGGAUGAGCUUGCUGAACGACUUGUAAAAGUCUGCCCACAGAAUGUUUUCGACAUUGAAGACAUGGGAAAAGGUAGGAAAAGGGCAACAGUAGCGCAGCCACGUAAGUGCACGUUGUGUCAGGAAUGCGUAAGAGACGAUGAUUUGGUAGAACGUGUUGAUCUUGGCAGUGUCAGGAACCAUUUUAUAUUUAACAUCGAGUCCACCGGAUCACUUACUCCGGACGUUCUCUUCACUGAAGCUGUGAAGAUAUUGGAAGCUAAAUGUGAAACUGUAAUCGCCGAUUGUUGAGUUAUCUGUCUAUCAAUGUUCCUCCUAUUUAUAUUAUUAGUAAUAAUACCAACAGACAACAUUGACAUUUUUAUUUAUAGUUGUGGUUCAAUUUGGAUUUCAAUA